CAAGAAAUCAUAAUGGACUUUUCAGUACCUCUGUUUACAUUAUUGGAUCUCUCUCGACACUUGGCGCGGCACAGACGUCCGCCUUUUCUGAAUCAAUCCCUUGCAAGUCCUGUAGCAAAUGCUAUCACAAGAAUAGCAGAAAACUUGCGGCGCAUAAGCCGACACCAUAGAAUUAUGGUGUCCAGCAGCCUUUCUAGCAUCCUCGCUGCAGCGGCAAGCGCUCGAAGCCCUGGUUCAUCAAAAGCCGGUUAUAGCGUUGCCUAUCAGCCCAGAACCCACAAGCAUUUCCCUGAUAUGAAAGUUAGGUGGAUGCAUUACCAAACAGAUCCAGCGAUUGUCGCUGGCAUUAUGAGCAUGAUCCUCAAGGUGAGCGAGUGGGGCGGAAUGGCGGGAACCACGGCCAUCAUGAUGCGUACCGUGGGUCGAUGCACUUGGUGCCACGUACGGCGAGACAAGCAGUGCGUCUACCGCAGCAAAAGUUGGACGGUGAAUUACUAGGGGCAUCAAUCAGUUGACCGCCGUCACCCUGAUGCGGCAAGAGAAUUUGCGGCGAGGAUACAAGUCACCCCGCCGCUAAAGAGCGGUGAGUUGGACUUCUAGCAUCAUUCUAAGUUCGCGAUGGGGAGAAGUGUACACAUGUUGUGAAGCUCAGGGUUCAAAUCUAAUGCUCGGGUGAAAUGAGUUCGCAUCUCUAAACAGUCGGGAUAGUUUAUUGUUUUACGCUGAAUAUAUUCGACUUUCAAAUACGCACUAGUAGAG